CAUCGUUAUCAACAUGGAGGACAGUUAUACAGUGCACAGACGUCGUAAAGCUGCUGCUAGAAAACGUGAUAAAACUCCAGAGCCCUCACGAGCAAUGGUAGCAGCAGCAAUAGCAGCAGCCAAAGAAAUUAAUGGUGAUAAUGAUGAAGAAGAUAAACAAAUAUUGGAAGCAAGAGCACGAAUGGAACAAAUGGUCGAGGAUACUGAGAAAAUGGAAGAAUUAUUUGUUGAUAGAAGAUUUAAGUCUUCACACUCGCCAAGUCCUUCGUCAAUAAAUAAAGAACAAACAGUGAAUGUUGUUGAUACUAAGAAGCAAACAAACAUACAAGUUUCAGACAAAAGUGAAAAUCUAAUAGAGCUUAAAGUUGAUGAUAAUAAUAAGAAAGACUUGACACAAUCAGAGAAGGAACUUAUUGAUGAGAAUCAUCCAGCAGAGAGUACUGUUGUUGCUGCUGCUGCUACUGCUACUAAUACUUUGAACGAAAAUAGACCAGAAUCGAGUAGGCGGAUCAAAUCGUCAUCAUCGUCGUCGUCACAUGGAGAUAAAGCACCGUCUCGACGAAGAAACAAACGUUCAAAAGAACGACGGAGAUCGAGUGACUCGAGUCUUGCUGAGGAUGACAGGUCUAGUAAAAGUGAUUUUGAAGAGAGAAAACGUAAAUCUCGACGAGCGCGGAAAGAUAAAGAUAAAGAUAAAGAUAAUGAUAAUAAAGAUAAACAUAGUAAAGAGACGGAAUGUGCUGAUGAAAUACCGGUUGUCUAUUCGGGAACACUGGCACUUGUUGGCAAACAAAUUAUACCGUUGAGUAGCGAUAGUCUUAUUGAAGACUUUAAGAAAGCAGAGAAAGAUUAUUAUGAGAGAAGAGAAUUGGGAAUUCUUGAUGUCGAGAUUGAUGACUAUGUAAAUCCGAAAAUUGAAGCUGCGUUGAGGAAACGUAAGAAAAAAAAAGUACGCAAUAAAGAUGAACAAGUUGAAGAAACGGGUAUUAGAAAACGUAUUUCAGGAUUAUGGUCAUGGUUUUGCUUUAGAAAAAGAGAUGAUAAACCAGCUGAGAUUGUCGCUGAACCUGAAAAAGAAAAGCAAAUAUUUAUUGAAUCUGAGAAAGUGCUUCCGAAAUCCCGAUCAAAGCUACUAGAAUUUAUACGACUUCUGUCAGAUAUAAAAGCCGAAUUUCGUGCUUUCGUUUAUCAAAAUCCUCGGGAAGUUUACUACAUCCGCAAGAGCAGAAAUAAAUGUAUUGUCCAGUUAAUAUUGAUGAUUAUCUACUGCGGGCUCGGAGCUUUUAUCUUCCGUUUUACUGAAGGAGCUUUCGAAACGUUCUACAAGUGUGGAGUCAAACGGGUUAAGCGGGAUUUUCUUGACAGUCUCUGGAGUUACAGUCACAAUAUGCGGGAAGACGAUUGGAAGAGUAUGGCGAGAAAGAAGCUAAUGGAAUUUGAAGAACAGCUACAUGUCGCUCAUGAAGCUGGGGUCCACACAUACAGCGGGCAAAAAAGUUGGAGCUUUCUCAAUGCCGUUGUUUAUUGUCUCACUGUUAUCACCACAAUUGGAUAUGGUCAUAUAUCACCCAGUACGACAACAGGCCGAGCUAUCACUAUAAUUUACGCGAUUUUUGGCAUCCCGAUGUUCCUUAUCAUACUCGCGGACUUUGGCAAAUUAUUUACAAGAGGGAUUAAAUUCCUCUGGGCUUUUGUAAGGAGAGUUUAUUACACAGGAAGUUGUAGAAGAGUACGAAAAACUGCUCCCGUUCAAGAAGUAAUGAAAGGCGUUCAACUGGUUUACGACUUCGCGACAUUCAGACGUCCGUCCCAAAUGACUCCCGACGAACUUGCCGAGAUGCGUAAACAACAAACAGUUCUUAACGUUGACGCAAAUGUUCCCAUCCAACCUGGCACUCCAGCUACACCUGAGCUGUCAAACUUUGCUAUCAACGACGAAUUUAAUUUACCUAUUUCCGUUGCUAUCACUAUAUUAAUAGCUUACAUAUUUGUCGGAGCAACUGCGUACAAUAUAUGGGAAAAAUGGGGCUUUUUUGAAAGCUUCUACUUUGUUUUUAUAUCAAUGAGCACAAUUGGCUUCGGUGACUACGUACCGAAGCAUCCUAUUUACAUGAUGUGUUCAAUAGUCUACUUAGUGUUUGGUCUAGCUUUAACAUCGAUGUGUAUAAAUGUUGUUCAGGUAAUAUUGUCAGACUCAUUUAAACAAGCAACUCAAAAGAUAGGCGCCACCAUUGGUUUUGAAGUCGUCGAGGACGACGGAUCGAUAGAACCGGCUGUACCGCAGCCAGUCGAAGUGGCACAAGUUCACGCGACUAUUAAAGAAGAGGACAAUGAGAUUAAAGAUACUGAUGAGAUAAAAGCUCCGAAAGCUCAUGAAGAAGACAUUGACUUGUAAUUUAUUUGUUCUUUUAUUUUUCAUGAAAAACUUUCUGCAUUGAUACAUUUACUAUUGUUAUCUAAUUAUUAUUUUUUAAUUUAAUUUAACUUUUAAGCCAAAGAGACUCAACCAAAAAAAUCUAAUCACGCAUUUUUCGCAACACGCUGUGAAAAUAAAUUGUUAAAUGCGAAAUGCCUGUGCUUAUUCAGGAAUAUUGUGCCUUUAUAAAUAAAAUAAUUAACUUAGAUGUACAAUAAUUAAA